CAAGCACCUACAUAUAAAAAGUCUCGGCCAGAUUAAUUUGUGAAAGGGUACGACUUGUCUUUGCUCUUUGGUUUGGGUAGAGAGUUGCAGUUGUGAGUUCUCUCUUUGGUUCAUGCCUUUGGUAUUGUAUUCGUUAUUUGUGAACUUUUGAAUUUUAAUUUGUUGGUUUGGUUAGAGAGAAAUCCCUCUGAGAGUGUCGACCGUGCGACCCCUAAUCUUUGUGUUUGUAAAAAAGUGCAAUUUGUGAUUUUGGUCCUCAGUCAACUACACCAAUUUGUAUUCUUCUAAAUUUGUUGGAGUGAAAUUUGGACAUAAAUUUUUUUCGAACAACGUAAUUUGUUUAUUUUUUAUUCUUUUAAGUUGGUUCUAUUCACACCUAUUAUACCUAUUAUUUGUUUUUCGAAGUCUUUUUCAAGCCUAAAAUAUUUUUACAAUCAAUUUGAGUAAUUUGAGUUUCUGCUAUUUUACAACACUUUUCACUUUCAGAGAAGAACUGCUUGAGCCUAGAUUUGAUAGAAUAUAAUUCCCCCCAUCAUAACAAUGGUCAUUUGCACCUCUCCUGUUUCUUCCUUCCCAUUUUGGGUCUCUAGCGAAAGGGUACGGGAGUUCUGCUGCUGCAUGCUUUAUGCACUUAUAUGCAAAAUCUAUAAUGUGAUCUUCACUAUCUUCCUUGCAGUAGUUGGUGCAGAAAUGGGAGCCAUGAUUGGAGCUUUGAUUGCCCUAAAAACAAAGAGCAGCGUGCUCCAUGGGACCGCGGUUGGAGCAAUCAAGGGUGGAAUUUUCUCCAUUGAGCUUUUCAGAAUUAUACUUGAUCUAUGGAAUUCUAAUAUUAGUAGAUCAAGGUUUUUCCUCUCCAUGAUUGACAUUAUCGCAAAACUUUUGAGUGGAAGACCCGUUGCAGAACUAUCUACACCAACCAUGCCAAGCGCAGUGCAAAUGCAAAGACAGAAUGUGACUGAUCAGGUACAUGCUUCCAUUACAACUUCUGAGGAGGUCCCAAUGAGAACUACCAUGGGGUUAUCAAGAUAUUCAGAUGAGAAGAUCCCCAGGUUCCAAAUCACAUAUAAACACAUCUUAGAUUCUUCAGGGAAUGGAACAUCCUGCUCAAUUUGCCUUCAGGACUUUCAGCUGGAGGAAAUUGCUCGUAGCUUGCCGCCUUGUCACCACAUUUUUCAUCUGCAAUGUAUAGAUAAGUGGCUUGUGGGGCACAGCUCUUGUCCCUUGUGCAGAAGGGAAAUAUAACUCACACCAAUUGAUAAUUCCACAAUAUUCACAUUCAACUUUGGUUCAAGUCAGAAAGGACAAAAAGAAUAUUGAUACAAUAUAUGAGCACUUUAAUGGAAACUUGCACGUUUCUUCUGUACUGAUUCUCACGUGUUUCAAAGAAGAGCUACGAGUCAACAAACAUAAGGGAACAGAAAAGUUAUUAUACAAUAGAGUCAGUCGCUUGUGGAUUCUCAAAUCAAAGACAAAUCCCACACGUCACAGCAGAAACUUGACAAAGAUUGAGAUGAACAGAUGGGUAACAUGAGCCCUGUCAUUGUGAAAAAAUCGAAGGGACACUUGGUGGAGAAGCUCACCAGGGAAGAUAUAUAUGAAGCACUGUUCAUGCCAAUUCAAGUGACUGGAAUGAGGUUGAUGAAGAAGGAAACAUGCACAACCAAAGACUUUCAGCAUAGAAUAAUUUGGAAUUGAGGCAUAUUAUGGACGCUCAUACAAAAGACUUCAUAUCAAGAAUAGAUAAGGGAUGCAAUUCAUGGUAUAGACUGCACUCACUACAGUUAGGGACGGUUCGCCCCAGAUGAGCAGAGCAUGAACAUAAUUAAGGCUUUAUUGAUGCUUAAGCUUGGCUCGACCAUUUUGCUGGGAUGUAUCAAGACCAACGUAAUGAGACAAGGUCCUAUAAGCAUUGAAGAGAUUAACAAAUCAAUUUCUUUGUA